UCAAGAUGCGUUCUAAUGUCUCACGUAAAAGGCAACAUUUCCCUUUGAACAGGUCGGCUUUUACAAACUAAACAUUUUGCAAAUCAAAUCUUUGUGCUCACUGGGGACACUACCUUCACUUUUUAGUCGUUUUGUAAUCCAAACCUACACAACCUGACGUGUGUGUUGAAGCGAACCUAAAUAAUGCAGAUUUUUCUGACACACUUGAACGCAGCGCUGUGUUGUCAUUGUAUCGAGACGUCAGCGUCGCUGGAAGGUAACUUCGCAGAGUUUACACUGCAGCUGCUCAACAAGGUGGGAAGCAGACCGACCUGUUCUGCUUUCAAGGAAACCAUUGAAUAAAAUGUUGAGCAGUUGGUCAGUCAUGUGUCUCUGGAUCCUUCUAACAAGUAUCCCUCUGUUCACAUCUGCAAAAUCUGAAAAGGAAAGAGCGCUGGAACUGAUGAAAGACUCUCCUCUGAUUGAUGGUCAUAAUGAUCUUCCUCUUAAGAUCACGAUCCACUAUAGAAACAAUCUGAGCAGGGUUGACCUGUAUAACAUUAAUGAAGCUGCCACUGAUAUCUCUCGUCUGAAAACGGGACAUGUGCAAACACAGAUGUUUGCGGUCUAUGUUCUGUGUGGAGCCCAAGGAAAAGAUGCUGUGAGGCUGACUCUGGAACAAAUAGAUCUGGUGAAACGCAUGUGCAAUAAGGCCCAGGACUUGGAACUGGUCAAGAGUUAUGAUGACUUGAUCAGUUCUUCGAUGAAACAUAAAAUAGCCUGUCUGAUAAGUAUAGAGGGGGGUCACUCCAUUGACAGCAGCCUUGCAGUCCUGCGGAUGUUUUAUGACCUUGGAGUCCGCUCCAUGUCCCUCACACAUAACUGCAACACUCCCUGGGCUGAAGCCGCCACAGAUUUAUAUAAUGUGUUUCAAAGGGAGAACAACAGCCUAACACAGUUUGGCAAGGCGGUAGUGGAGGAGAUGAACAGAUUGGGUAUGAUAGUGGAUCUCUCCCAUUCUUCUUGGGAAACAGCCUCGGCCACCCUGAAGCAUUCCAGGGCACCAGUUAUUUUCAGUCAUUCAUCUUCCCACUCCAUUUGUAAUCACAAACGCAACGUACCUGACUGGCUGCUGCGUGAGCUGAAAAAGAAGAAUGGAUUAAUUAUGGUGAAUCUGUACAGCAAGUUCAUCUCCUGUGGUAAAGAAGCUAACAUCUCCGAUGUUGCUGACCACUUUGACCACAUAAGGAAGAUCAUUGGAGCUAAAUCGAUAGGAAUAGGAGGAGACUUUGAUGGUGCUGAUAGCUUUCCUCAGGGUCUGAAGGAUGUGUCCAAGUAUCCUGCCCUAAUCGAAGAACUCCUGAAGAGGAACUGGUCUAAAGAGGAUCUGUCUGGUGUCCUCCGAGAAAACUUCCUGCGAGUGUUCAAGGAGGUUGAGAAUGUUCGUGACAGCAGCACCAAACAGACGCCCAGUGAAGAGCAGAUUCCCCCCAAAGAAAUUCACAAUUCCUGCAGACUAGACCUCGAAAACCCAAUUAUUCCAGUGGUCCGGAGCUCCACGUCUGGAGCAAGAUUCAUUGUUCCUAGUUUGCCUCUCAUCUCCUCACUUUUAGUCCUUUAUAGCCUUUUUAUGAAUAAAUAAACAUCAAGAAUGACAGCUUAGAUAUAUAUUUUAUAAAAAAAAA